CGGCGCGCUGUGCUACGAUGCUGCAUCGUCUGUCGUACUUUCCAGCGCCCCAGCGGCCGUACAUCUUCUUUUUGGAGGCCACCGACAGUCAAUCGCUGCUGGCGGCCGUCUCACGUCACAUGGCGGCUACACUCCAGACGAUGCUCUGUAAGGCAUUGGGUGUACCGGCGACGUCAACAGCGAACAACGUGAUGCACGUAUCUCAACCGCCGGCAUCAACUGCCAACGGUGGCGGUACGACAGGCGGGAUCGGCCCCGCGUCCGCAGGGGCGCUAGGACCGCUUGGAGACCAUGUGGUCGCUGCUGGGACGCUGGCGUCGUACUUGGCCUACCUAAGUGUCGUACAUGGAUCCGUACGGUACGGCGUCGCCUUGCCGCCAUCUUUGGGGUCACGGAGCAGAGGCGACGGUUCGUCUCCCGGCGGAGGACGUGGUGGCGGCAUGCUACACCCCUUCCCUACGCCUCAGCUGCAGCCCCCUCGACAUCCACCCCUCGACGUUCUGCAGCUGCUGUGCGUUGCGGAAGAGCGCGGAGCGCUAUUGCAUGUGGUACCCUUUGUAACGCAGUACUUGUACUUUUUGACCAUCGGCUCCCGGAUUGCAAUCGGACUGGGCCCAGAUGACGGC